GAGUGUGAGUGGUUGCAGACAAUAAUCAUCUUGUUGCCCACAAGUCGCAACGGUUGAGGGGUUUGUCGUAUUGCAGGUUUUUUGGAUACAACGCAAAAUCGCCCAAUUGCUGGCGCUAGCAUCUAUAUUAGGAAGGAGAUAAAACAGGGGGACGGGUUUAUGCUGCUUGCGCACAGACUCUCCACACACACCACGUCUCCCAACCGGACAGUCUUCACCCAAACAGUUCAACACCAUGACCUUUAGAGGUAAAGUUGCUAUAACCUAGCAUGGGGAGCUAACAAGCUAUCGUUGCCCAGACCGAUGAGCACCACGCUGGUAGCGAAUCUUUAUUCCAUGGAACCCGUCACUUUAUUGCAGGUCCCCCGCUCACACAACACAGCACACACACACAAACACACAUGCACAUGCACAACAGAAACAUAUCAUAUCACACGCAGCCUGGGAUAGAGAUAUGGUGGCUGGUGGCUGGACUCUUGAAGAGUUUGUGUGUGUGUGACUUGGUGCCUACCUGCCCCUUGCAGCCGUGUGCCGAGGCGACGACAGGAACCCGCAUGAUUGCAAAGUGUGCAGUCAUUAGAUAAAUAGAUGGCCUCGGCAGCUUCACGAUUGGAGCCGCGGCCCUGUUUGCAGAAUUUUCGAGGAUGUUUUGAGUUGAUUGCGCCUCUUUGCCUCUGUUUGUUUGUCGUCCUAGGCAUUCGUCCUCCUCGCUGGGGUGACCCUUGCGGAUCGAGCCCAAGUAUCCAUUUUCCCAUGAGCUGGAAUCGACCACGUACCAAGCAUACCGUCGUACUUUGUCCAGCGACCCCAUCAGUGCUCCGUACGGAUCAAGCCGAGAAAGCUCGGGUUUUUUAGCCUUGGGAUAGAGGGCUCGGGUGUCCCACAGUUGCGCACGAGCAAAGCCGAUCUCAAAACUACGGUCGCAGUACAUCGAAAACAACUGCUACCGAGACCCAUCUUUGAAGAAGCAUCCUUUUUGUUCCUUUUUUUGUCUUUUAAACUUCAAUAAACAUAUUCGGCAAGAAACGUCAAAGAAGCAAAAUCACACGUCGAUCUCCAUGGCCCAAAAGCAAUAACACCCUUUGUGUCACUCAGCAAACUGGGGGUCACCAGCACCCGCGAUGGCAUCCCAGGUACCGGCCGGCGCCGAGGGCACGGUGGCCGGCGUCAUGAUCUACUGCAGCAUCUGCCUUAUUGCCAGCAUGAUGAUGAUCUGGCUCACGUGGACGCAUCAGGAGAGGACGAGCUACGUGGCCAUGCUUGCCUACUUUGCUACGCUCAGCAUCCUCGCGUCUCUGGCCCAGCAGACACAUGACAUCUUGCGCUAUCGAGCUCUGGUCGCGGAGCAGUUUGAGAACCGAAAGCUUCACCCAGGAAACCCCGAAAUCGCCAUUGCCAAUGGCUCAGUAGGACUAAGUUUGGUCCUGUAUUACAUCCAAUACUACUGUUAUGCUGUAGAGGCUCUUUCUGUUAUGUUCUGGGCCGGCUACCUUGCGCAAUCCUCCAACACUCGUUCGAAAUGGAAGAAUCUUUUCAACAUCAUCAACCGUGGCGGCAAGAUCUUUGCCGUUCUUUUCCCCCUGACCACCAUCCUUCUCCUUCGGAUUCCUCAGGUGCAGGAGAACUUUGUCGUCUUCAUUUUGCUCGCAGACCUGCCCCUAAUGCUGAGUCUCCUAUUCGGCUGCAUGCUCAUGUUGCUCAUCUUUACCCGAUACGUCAACUCGAAACGCAAGUUCCUCCACUGGGGAGAAGACAGCAACACCGGCACGUACGGCACCGGCACCGGCACGGGGGUCGAAUCCACACUCGACAGCGCCCACCGGCCGGCCACGCGCGACCCCAAGGCCAGCACCACCACGACCGUGACCAGCAACGCGCCCCGCCGGAAGCGGCAGGGCAUCUGGGACCGCUGGCUGAUGCUCCGCUUCACCAUCGGCUUCGUGGCGCUCAGCAUCUUCGAGGUCACCAACACCCUGUUCCAGAUCAUGGCCGUCACCAACGCCAACUCGGACCUGGCCGCCGCCGAGCCCGACCUGUCGCCCGAGCGCGCCAGCGCCGACUGGAUCUUCUUCAUGCCGGGCGUCACGCCGGGCCUGUUCAUCUUCAUCAUCUUUGGCACCACCACCCCGCUGAGGCGCUACAUGCGCGAGACCCUCGUGCCCAAGGGCUGGCGCCAGCGCAAGGACGACGACGUGGAGCGCGGGCUCGGCAGCAAGCUGUCGACGCUGCGGAGGGCCGACACGGCGCCCACGCCGCCGCCAAAGGAUAACGUCCACGUCACCUCCGAGAUUGAGCUCUCCGUGUCGUCGAGGAUGCGGGGGGCGUCGAGGAGUGGGAGGUCGGGCAACGGUGGCGAUGCGGUGGAGUCUGUGAGGUCGGAUAGUGAUGAGUGGCCUAUGCUGCCGAUUAUGAAGCACGAUCGGAGAUAGUCUUUGGUCGUCGUGAUUGUAUUUUAGUUGAUUGGCGUUGCUUUAAGAAUACUCUUGAGGUUAUCAUGUUCUGCGCAUCGAAUUAGCGAACUGCCCCGAAGAAGGUAGGUCAAUGCACAGACGGUGACAGACCAGGAGACAGGCGAGUAG